GAUUAAACAAAUCCCAUAGAUACAAUACGUUUAAGGUGAGUAUCAUCACCUUUGCUGUAGUGGCAAUGACAUGUUCCUAUAUUGGCAGCGAAUACAGUGAAACACCAUGUUGCACAGCCAUGUUGUAACUCUGAUUAGCGCGAAUAGCGUGCUCUCCGAAGUGAAGUUUGUGAGUUUAAGAUGUAAAUUAGCGAAAAAAAAAUCAUUAAUUACAUUGUAAUUGUCAUUAAUAAGCAUUUUUGUAGACGACAAAAAGAAAACAUGAAACUUGUCAAGCCGAACUGGGUUACUCACGAUGGGUAUCCCAUAUUUUCUAUUGAUAUACAUCCUGAUGGGAAGAGAUUUGCCACUGGUGGUCAAGGUGGUGAUUCUGGAAGGGUAGUCAUAUGGAAUAUGGAACCAGUUGUAAAUGAAGCUGCUGAAGUAGAUUCCAAUGUUGCAAAAAUGCUUUGUCAAUUGGAUAAUCAUCUUGCUUGUGUGAAUUGUGUAAGAUGGAGCAACAGCGGAUUAUUAGCAUCAGGUGGUGUAGAUAAGCUCAUUAUGAUUUGGAGAUUAUCCGGAUCAGGUGGAAGUUCCAGUUUUGGUGGAAAAGCUAGUGUGGAAACUUGGAGAUGUAUUGCGACAUUGCGCUCUCACGAAGCUGAUGUACUUGAUCUCGCUUGGGCGCCACAUAGUCCAUGGCUGGCCUCUGCUUCGGUAGAUAACAGUGUGAUAGUGUGGGAUGCUUCUAAGUUUCCCGCGGUGGUUGCUGUACUGAAAGGUCAUACUGGUUUUGUGAAAGGGAUUACCUGGGAUCCGGUGGGAAAGUACUUAGCAUCUCAAUCUGAUGACAAAACAUUAAGGGUGUGGCGUACUACCGAUUGGACGGAAGCAGCGUUAAUAUCUGAGCCGUUUGAUGAAUGCGGUGGAACAACUCAUGUUUUGAGGCUUUCCUGGAGUCCAGAUGGCCAGUAUCUAGUAUCUGCACAUGCUAUGAAUGGGGGAGGUCCUACGGCACAAAUAAUAGAAAGGGAUGGUUGGACGCAAGACAAAGAUUUUGUUGGACAUAGGAAAGCAGUAACAUGCGUUAAAUUUAACGGCAACAUUCUACAAAAGAAACAACCAGGUUCCUCUAAACCACAGCAGUAUUGCUGCGUCGCAAUAGGAUCGCGAGAUCGUUCCUUAUCCGUGUGGUUGACGUCAUUGAAAAGACCCUUAGUUGUAAUACACGAGUUAUUUACACAUUCUGUGUUGGAUGCCAGUUGGUCUCCUUGUGGUCUUCGGCUUGCCGCAUGUUCUUGGGACGGAACGGCAGUGUUUAUCGAAUUCACUCAACAGGAAUUGGGACAGCCUCUCGAUCCGGCCGAACAAAGCAGCCUGCACGAACGAUUAUAUGGCAAACCAUUGGCAAACCAAGGAGGCUGUAUGGUGAUGGAAGCACCGGAACUUCUCAAUUUGAAGCCUCCGGCACCUAAUCAAUCUCCCCAAGUAGUAUCCGCUCCAAGUAUACCACCAAGUAUCCCUACUAACACUACGACCACUCCGGUUAAAGGACCUAUCAAUAAACAAAUUGAAACUAGAACUUCGGAUGGCAAAAGGAGAAUUACGCCUAUGUUUAUUCCGCCUCCGGCGGACACGACGGAUUCAAACAUCGGCGGUAGCUUAAAUACACCAACAUUUACAAGUAAGGUACAGACGAAAAGCUCGAUUGUGAUAGAGAGACGCAAUGAUGUUGUCGCACCCAAUGUUACACCGUUAAAGUCUACUUCUACGGACGCCUCGGCUACCCUUACACUGAAACGCAGAGAUCAAUCUACGCCCAAGUUGCAUCACUCUUUACCGUGCAAGAAACCGAAGUUUUUGUCCGACAAGAGCGGCGGUCAAAUGAUACUGCCCUCACUGAAACCGUCCAGUUCGUUAUCUCAACAAGCCGGUCAUUACGCCGUUACGGUUACCAAUAACCAAGGCUUGGCUCAUCUGCAAGUGUUCAGAGGUACGGAUUCCGAACCGACGUGGGAUCUCUACUUAGGAUAUAGCGCUGUAGCGUUAGCAGCGUCGCCGGCUGUAAUAGCUUUAGGUCUGGAAGACGGGAGUCUUCACACGUUCCAUCCUGCGAAGGGAUGUCGGCCGGCACCUCCCUUAGCGCCGCCAGCACCUUUGGCAAAAGUCCACGCCGUUGGAAACGCGGUAAUGGUAAUAUCGAGCUGCGGCGCGGUUCGUGUGUGGGAAAUAGGAAAUGUAUGUCGAAUGAUCGUUUCAACUUCGGUUGCUCAUCUGGCGGCACCUGGAACAUCCUUAUUGUCGUGUACUUUGUACAAUGGAAUGCCUCACGUAGCGUUCACUAACGCACGGGCGUACAUAUAUCACAAAGACAUGGGAACGUGGCUGUUAAUCGGAGACAGCCAGGAUCCCGUGUGGCGAUGGUCUUCGUUCAGUGUGGUGAGCAACACGGGAAAUAGAGCUCCCAGAGGUCCGUUAUCGUCGCUACAAGAGGGAUUGCUCAGAACUACCGGGAAUACACUGCCAAAUCCGCGAUUGCCGCACAGUGCGCCGAGUGUCGUUUCUUAUCUGGAACAGCAACUACUCGCGUCGAAAGCUCUCGGAAGCGCUCAGGAAUACGUUCACUGGCUCAUGGCUUUAGUGUCGUUUUUACUAACACAAGGUGCGCCGUGGCAACCGGUCAGUGUAUUUUUGUCACACUUGUCGCAAACACUCUUUGCCUCUUUUUUUUUUGUUACAGAAAGCUUGGAAAAACGUCUGAGGUUAAUUCUGGACGAUCUUUUGGGUCCGAGUCACACGUCAGCGUCCAAAAGUAUAUGGGAUCCCAUUGUCUUGGGAAUAAGAAAACAUAAACUUUUGAGCGACGUGCUGGCCGUGGUCGGCGGUCAUCUUCGCUGGCAGAGAUUGUAUCUCGAAUAUUCGGAACAAUUAACGAUACUGAAGAACCAAGUUACUUAAUGGCGUAUAAGUGUAUUAUUUCUUAAAAAUUAACUUACUUUUUUUAGUACUUUGUAUAUUAUUCUAUGUAUAUAACACACCGCAUAUUACAUGUACGAUCAUGUACAGCUCUUUUUUAUAACACUUGUGAAUAAUUAAAAUAAGUGAUACAAAACAUAAAACACAACAAUUUUGUGAGAAAGAGAGAGAGAGAGAGUGAGAGUGAGAGCGUAUACAUAUGUACAUAAUUUUGUAACGAUGUAUUUGUAUCAAAAACGAAGUUACACCGAGAGCGCAAUAUUAUAUGCAAUAUAAGCGAAACAAAAUCUUGUAACUUUGAAAAAGUAACUCGGUUCUUUUUGUGUUAACUUCUACAAUAAUAAAUCAAAAACUCGUAACUGUGACAUUUGUUUUCGUUUCUACUUACACGAAUCACGCAAUCACGUCGCUUCUAACACUUCGCGGAUGAACGGCCGGUUUUCUGUAACUCCCAUAAAAGAACCACCGAAUCAGCGGCGGUGACUAAAAUAGAGACCCCCCAAAUAUAUUUUUGUAAAUCAAUGGGAAGACGGAGAAAAAUUUAAUAAAUUAGUUCCGAUGUGACCUUGACACAUUUUGACAAACAUUAUACAUACAAAAGAGCAAACGAUAUUAGACAAGUUUAUUCUUUAUUUCUCACUGAAUGUAGAACAAAAAUAUAAUGAAUGCAACGCAUGCCACCUCGUUCGCCACCGCGCGUUUUCGAAAGAAAUUUUUUAUAAUUCCUCACCAAAAAAAUCGGCGAAGAGUCGUGUCAUGCAAAGUCGUUUUUAAAUUUCUAAUUGCACUUCUUAUAUAUAUAUAUAAUGUAUAAUAGCAAAAUCUGUCGGAAACAAAUUUUCGCGGUUGAUUUUGUUGUCAAAAGGGGCAGCAGACGCGAUGCAUUUCCAACAACUGCCAGCAGAAUUCCAGCGGAAAUGCAACAGAAUCUGUCGCCAAGCAUUCGUCGACAUAUGUAGUCUGUCUCUGUGUGUGUUUGUCGAAACACAGAUACACACACACACAAACAAACAAACACACGCGCAUUAUGGAACGUUGUUUUAAUUAAUUUAAUGUACGUACACAAAUCGAGCAUCUCGAAGACAAUCAGUUGUUCUCUUACGCAACGAAUAUAUUUGUUUUCUUUUUUUUAUCAAGAUACGCGUGUUUGCGAAACACUUGUGUAUAAUUCGCGCAGGAAGAGCACAAUAUAUAUAUAUCUGUAUAUCAUGCCAAAAGUAGCAACAAGAUACGGUGAAGAGAUAUACAAUUAUACAAUAAGUUAAGAACGCGUCUUUUUUUUUCUUUGUUUUUCUCGUUUUGUUUUGUGUUUUUUUUUUUUUACCGACUCCGAUUCUCAGUCGCCGCGUACAACUUACGUAUAAAUUCGUUUCACAUGUAAAACACAACGCACGGGUAUACAAAGA